AUGGCGCUGGAGAUCGGCGGGUACUCUAGGAGGCUUUAUAUGUUCAAUGGCCACUUACCCGACGUGAUGAGAAUUUUCUCAUUAAAAUUGGCUAAAACUAGUACCGACGUCGGCUUGGUACAGCUAUAUGGAUAUAUAGCAGUGCGGGAUUAUCAUGAUUCGUUGCUUAAUUAUGUUGUCAAUCGUAGCAGAGAUGAUCCCAUCAUUGUUGAACAGGGUUCUGUUAUUGGGAUGACUGGCCCUAAGCGAUACAUCGCAACGCUAGCCCCUGUUCUAGUUGAGUUUGAUAUGAGGAUCAAGAAAGGAGAGCAAGAAGAGGAUGAUCUACAACUAAUUGAUGGUGCAAUAGAGUACGACAAUCUAUGCACAUCUGAAUACCCAUUCACAGAUCGUAUUAAUGGCGAUUGUGGCACGGUUGACAUCACUUUAGCCCUCGUUCGUUGGGCAUUUGAGGCCACAAUAGAUGUUACCGUAUCAAAAGUGCAGAGUAGAUUCGAUUUAUCUCUCAGUUCGUUUGUUUUUAUUAUGGAUGGGUUACAUGAGAUUCAACUCUUUCGUGGCAAUAUUGGUGAGUCGUGUGGCUUAAGAAGACAUGUGAUCGCUGUAAAGGAGGAUACUUGGAUGCAUUUGAAGUUCAAGGUAGGUCAGGGAAGUUGUAAAAAUGAUGGUGAUCUUGAUUGCCAUUGUUCCUUCAAAGCAAAAAAACAUGGGUAUAAUUGUCAACAAAUCAUGCUUGAGCGCAAAAAAACAUGGGUAUAAUUGUCAACAAAUCAUGCUUGAGCUUGCCUCUAUCUCAGUGAAGGUGACUUGGUCGAAUGUGCGAACGGCUCUGAAUUAUAAGUCAACAACCGGCCAGUAAUUACAUCAAGGAAUUAACCAGGAAAGAAAUGAACAAGUGUGGAUGUAAAACACUCCUUUUCAUAUUUGAACUUUAGUUGUGUUAUUUGAUAUUGCACUGGAUUUAUUUCUUAUUUCUUAGGCAUUGGAAUGCGUUGAUAAGUUUGACUGAUUUGCUGGAACAAAUGCUAGAAAGUGGGACUAUGUCGUAUGAAAAGUACUCCCUCCAACCCAAAACAAGUGGUGUGGUUUUAUUUCAUAGAUAUGAAAGAAAAUCUGAAGACCUCGUAGGACAAGAAAAAAAAUACAACCAAGAUG